AUGGAAGUUUUGGGUCAAUUUAAUCUGGGUUUUAUCAUCGCAAAACUGGAUAAUGAUUUGUUCAUAAUCGACCAGCAUGCUUCAGAUGAGAAAUUUAACUUUGAGGAUCAACAGAGGAACACGACAAUUAAGUCCCAACGUCUUAUUGUUCCCCAGAAGCUUGAACUAACCACUGCCAAUGAAGCUAUCCUUAUGGACAACGUGGAAAUAUUUCAAAAUAACGGAUUUGAUUUUGAGAUUGAUCGCAAUGUCCUUACUGAACAGCUCUCGCAUUCUGUUUUCCGGAGAUAUUGGUGGCUUGUCUUUAAGCAACCUUAAGCAACGACGACGACGACGGUAGUGAAAACGUCGCUAAAAAAACGAAUCUGCGUUCUUUCAAACUUAAUCGCGUUUAUUUGAACCUGGUCAAUAUGUCAAAUGCAGGCUACUUUUCCUGGAGUUGAAUUCUUAAGGAUUUUAUUCAAGUUAAAAAAGAGGAAGGAAAGCUCGUCGUGGUAUGUCUACGUCCUCCAUAAAACGUCAAAUUAGGAGGUUUCACGUCGUAGUCGUGCAGUGACGUCAAAGAAAUGUACUAAAAAGAGUGAUGCACGUGCAGCGCUGUUGUUUUGAUCAUUAAAUGUAUUGUUUUUUGAAAUUGUCGUCGUUGUCGUUGUAGUUGCUUAAGCUCCCUAAUAAUUUAGGUUACAAGAUGACGUGUCUGGUCCCUUGCCUAUUGGGCAAGUAAGCUUAAGACGUUACUUGCCUAGCAAGAAAAGCUACUUAUCCUGAUCCGCAACCGGAACAGCAAACAUGCUGUGGGAGUGUAAGUCGCAAAAUGUAUACAUAGUAAACAUACUUCGCAUCCCCUGCACUGUAGACUGAACGUUACAAGGUCUGUAGAAGAAAGGAAUUAUAGCUAAUUCUUCUUGUUCAGUCCCGCAAAAGCUCAUUUCUGAGGCCGAAAAGCUAACUGGCACUGCUCUUUCAUCGAAUUUACUAAGAACGAAUAGUCAUACUGCCAGAGUUGGUGAAUGUUGUCCCCUCUUGUGGUAAGAAAAGUCCUUGAUGUUGAUAUAGUUAAAAAGCUUUGCCCAUGGUCUUGACACAGUAUACAUGUCAACUUGGAAAAUUAUUGUUUCGUAUCCUACCAGACUCGUUUCGUUGAUUGUUUCAUUUGUUUUUCUUAAAAACGCAAGAGAAUUUUUCUACUUUCCUUUUUCUUAUUAGCAGCUGAACAGAUAUGAUCAGUUGUGUAACAAACUUAAUCCAGUCAGGAGACAUUCUGAGUAA